AGUGCUUCUCACUGUAUAGAGAAUACUGACAGAACAUACUGCAAGCUAUGGCGGACAAGACUUAAGCUUAAGCUCGACUGGCUCAAAGAAAAUGACAGCGAUACUACUCACCAUUGGCGUUGGCGUCAAACCUUGGUUAAGGGUUCGCAUGUAAUUCCCGUGAUUCCUGCAACGUCAGACAGUGUUUAGUCAGAUUGACUUCUCUAGCCUGUCACCGCGCAGCUCAGAACACAAAUGGCUUCGUACAAAGACAUCCUUAAGGAGAAAGAUAACCAGAACUGGCUAAAAGGAUCCCUCGCCCUCAGGAUCACCAAGUCUGGUUUACGAGGCCUUGUUGAUGGGGAUUGCUAUCGCGUUCAGCAAAAGAUCCACUCUUCAGUCCUCCUGGCCAGGAACCUCGCUGUUGGAACAACAUGCAGCCUUUGUCUGACAGAACAUCUCUUGCAGUGUCCAACAAAAGGACUCUGUUCACAUCCGCGAAAUUGCAAGUACCACAACUCUCCAUUGAAGAUACACCGACCUUGCCCCUCACAGAUAUGUGAUGACUUUCGGGAUGAAAUAUGCGCUGUCCAUAGAUAUAGUGGGCCGUCCAGGAAGAAUACCAAAGCCAACCAAUGGUGUACGAACCAUUGGCAAGUAGCCAAAUGCUUUAUGCCACCUGACGGCUAUCACAACGUGACGUCGUACGACGAGACAGACUUCAAUGGCAUCAUUAGCGUUAUGAUCAACUGUACAGAGUUCCAACGGCGUAUGUCGUUCCCUAUUGGCAACCAACCAAACGCCUUGACUGAGGCUCGUGUGAUAGGCCGCAAUAUUCGCCAUUCCCCGGAUCUCAAAGUGACAGACACAGACCUAACCGAGUACUUCGCAGCUCUGAACGCGCUUCUGACAGACUCUACCUUUCUGGCGAGUGACAUAGAUGCCCAGCAAGCUGUCUUUAAACUGAAACAGCUUGAAAAAGGCACCCUUCCAAUAACGACUGAAGAAGUACGUGAACUACUAGAAGAAGCUAGGGCGACGGUAGAAGCUGGCAUAGAAUCUGGCAAACGUCAGUUAGCGGAGACUGCGGAAACAGGAAAGAAAGAUAUAGAAGGCGUUGUGUUUCAGGGGAAGCUUCAAUUAGAAGAUGCAACAAAAACAGGAAAUAGCGAGCUAGAAGGCGUUGUGACGCAGGGGAAGCUUCAAUUCGAAGAUGCAAUUAAAACAGGAAAACGCAAUCUAGAAGGCGUUGUGACGCAGGGGAAGCUUCAUUUAGAAGAUGCAAUGACAACUGCUAGGGUAGUCACGGAGAGAGGGAAACUCGAGAUUGAAGACGCAGUGGCAAAGAGUUGGAGGAGGCCUUGCAGAAGAUAAAAGCUCUUUCUUCCCUGUCAGAGGCGGAACAAAGAGAAGAUCUACGUCAACGGCUAGUCAAGUACUACCAGAAGCAGCUCAACAGCGCGCCCAUAUCGCCCCUGCUAUCGGACAAGGACGAGAGACUGUACAAGUUUUACGUCCCUCCGAAGAUCGAGAAGAAAGACCACAGAAGAC